AUGUCGAACGAUGAUGGGGCCUUAUCUCCCGCGGGCAACGGACGCUCCAAUCUACAAAAGCAAGGAGGCGUUAACUGGUACCCCGGUGUUUGGCCCGCCGUUUCUAGAUCAUCCAAAGCGGCCCCGGUUACCGAGGUUGCCCGUGAGAGCAUUUCCGUCGCGCAGAACGUAGCGUCGAACAUCACAUCCUCAUCGACCCCCCAGCUCGAUUCCCUCAAACAACAUCGCAAUCCAUCUCUUCAACUCACGAGGAAGGCGGGCGCGUCAAGCCGAUCCCUGCCCGCCGACGCUACCACAACCAAAAUUAACAUUGCCUCCGAUGGUUCUACCUCCACGCCAGCGGUGGACUCUCCAGCAGACCCUGCUGCUGGCUCAACCUCCGAGUCGGUAAACAAAGAGACAUUGAACGAUAAAGAUUCAGACGCGCCAGAGGACAACAACAAAGAGCAAUCGAAGACAGCAGCCGAAGUCCCCAGCGAUAAUACUACAGAUCCUGAUACUGCAGAGCCAAAUCAACCCCCAUCGGAAAAUACGCAGCCCAGUGGUUGGCUUUCAUGGUUCUACAGGCCGGCGACAACCGAACAGGGUCCUGCAGCUGAUCCAACGACCGAGACAUCGGCCACUCCAUCCACCGAGAGCCCACCCCCUAAAGAGGACAACGUCACGCUCACCGAACAAGAGCCAACAAAUCCAGACAACGUCCCUGAGACUUCAGAGAUCACAGGUAAUUCCCAGAAACGGUCCUGGUUCCAGAUGUGGUACGGUGUGCCUCCACCACCCAAGGGUGUAGAAGCCGUUGAAGCUGCCGGAGAUGAUCACCCUACUACAAGUGAUGAGACCGCUCCUUCAGUUACUCAUCCAGCACCUACGACGGACCAAGAAAUUGACAAGUCCGGAGAAUCGGAACAACCAGAUGCACUCUCUACUGAGUCAUCCGCUAAAAAUAUAAAACCAUCCGGGUGGUCGUUUUGGUUUCGAGACACCUCACAAGGCUCAACGCAAACAAACCCGCAAGAAGCGGUUUCGGUGGAAGCUACAAAGCAAGAUCCGCCCAUUCCGAAGCCCAAUGCCACUGAAUCAGAGGCAGAGCAGAGAAUAGAGGUUUCAAAGAAAGGGACGGUCAAGAUCAAACCCUCGAAAGGCAGUUCUGCGGCAACUGAACCAGCCGUGCCGGAGCCAGAGCCUAGACUCAACGCCUCAACGCCAAGUGUCCCGGAGGCUGCUGCGUCCAAACAGCUGCAGAAAAUUCUGCCUAACCAGGUUCUGCCACGCUUUAAAGAAACAUUCGCUUUGCAGGAAAGGCCAAGCCUCCUCCAGUCGAUCGGACGUUUCCUAAGUUACAGCAGGGAAUCGAACAAUAAACAUGUUUACAUGACCCGGGAUACACCACAUAUCAAGAGAGCUCUGGCUGUCGGGAUACAUGGGUAUUUUCCUAUGCCGUUGAUUCGGAGUGUUCUUGGUCAGCCAACAGGGACGUCGGUCAGGUUUUCGAACAUGGCAGCAGACGCUAUCCAGAAAUGGGUCGACGAUCACGGAUACACAUGUAGCAUUGAAAAGGUAGCCUUGGAAGGCGAAGGCCGCAUCUUUGAACGGGUGGAUCUCCUCUGGAAGCUGCUACUGAAUUGGAUGGAAGAAAUCAGGAACGCUGAUUUUAUCAUGUUUGCCUGCCACAGUCAAGGGGUACCCGUGACAAUUAUGCUGGUGGCCAAGUUGAUCUCUUUCGGAUGUAUCAAUGCUGCUCGGGUGAGCAUCUGUGCCAUGGCCGGCGUCAACAUGGGUCCUUUCUCCGAAUAUCGAUCGCGAUGGAUUAGUGGAUCUGCGGGAGAACUGUUCGACUUUGCGUUACCUUACAGCGACGUUUCUAAGGAAUAUGAAGCGGCCCUCAAGGCUUGCCUAAAUUUUGGUGUCCGGAUAUCUUACAUCGGCAGCAUCGACGACCAGCUGGUCUCUCUUGAGUCGUCCUUGUUCUCACCCGUAACUCAUCCGUAUAUCUAUCGGGCAGUGUUCGUCGACGGUCGAGUCCAUGCACCAAGUUUCGUUUCGCAUCUGGUUGGAUUUGCUCUGAAACUCCGGAACCUGGGCCUCCCAGACCACGGUCUCAUCCGCGAAUUGAGCUCUCCACUCGCCGGCAGUUUAUAUAGCGGCGAGGGUCAUUCUCGACUCUACGACGACGAGGCCGUCUAUCGAUUGGCCAUCGAAUUCGCCCUCGAAACAUCCAACGUCCAAGGUGCAACCCUAGAUAUCCGACGCAGCCUCCCCUCAUCCCAAGUAAACCCGUACAUCCUCCCCUUCGCCAUGCGCGGACUCCUCGAAGAAGAGUUUGUGCGCCGCGAACUCUACGACGAGACUAUGCAGCUCCUCCGACAGUUCGACGAGUGGAAACCCACCAGCAAGGUCUUGAAAGACGUCAAGUUCCGCUUGGAAGGAAUACGAUCGAAGCUUUAG